CUGAAAUCUCUACCUGUGGAUUAUUGUUCAUCCACCAGCGAUUUCCACCGCCCCAUGUUUCUUGAUCUCUAUAUAGUUCUCUGUUAUUUCUUCCCCUUUACUCAUCAAAUCCUAUCUUACUGAAAGCUUCCUGUUGGCUUAUAAUGGCGCAUGCCGAUGAUAACGUCGAAUAUGAAGAGGAAUUUAUAGAGAAUCAACGUGGAGCGAGACUUUUUACAUGCAGAUUUGUACAGAGGAACGUAGAACCGAAAGCAUUGAUCUUUCUGUGCCAUGGUACUCUCUUCACACAGAUUCAAGUACUGGUAAUCUCUUUCAUGAACAUCUCUUUUAAUGUUCCGGGAAUUUGCCCAGGCUAUGGCUCGGAGUGCAGCAUAUCCAUGAGAGACAUUGCAACUCGAUUAGCGAAAGCAGGUUACGCAGUUCGUGGAGUAGACUAUGAAGGCCACGGCAAAUCGUCCGGAUUGCGAGGUUACAUCUCAAGCUUCGAUGAUCUCGUCAGCGACUGCUCUGACUACUUCAUGAGUGUAUGUGAGAGACGGGAGAACAAGAAGAAGCCGAGGUACCUUUUUGGGUUGUCCAUGGGGGGAGCAGUGGCUCUCCUCCUCCAUCUGAAGGCCCCAACCUAUUGGAGUGGUGCUGUUCUUGUGAGCCCCAUGUGCAAGAUCGAUGGGAAGAUGAAGCCGCAUCCUUUGGUGAUCAGCAUCCUGAAGAAGUUGUGUAGCAUCAUUCCGACAUGGAAGAUGAUUCCUGCAAAAGACAUGAUCGAUAUUGCCAUAAAAGAUCCUGAAAAGAGACAGGAGGUUCGAUCAAAUCCGUACAACUACAGAGGAAGUCUUCGUUUAGGAACCGGUCAUGAGCUUCUCCGGGUUAGCUUGGCCAUUGAGAGAAAUCUGCACCAGGUUACUCUGCCAUUCCUGGUGAUGCACGGCGGGGAUGAUAAGAUCUUCGAUCCAUCAUCAAGUGAAUUGCUAUACAAAUCAGCUUCCAGCACCGAUAAAACGUUUAAGGUGUACGAUGGCAUGUGGCAUGCGUUCACGUUUGGCGAGGCCCCAGAACGCGUGGAACUCGUCUUCUCCGACAUGGUGGCCUGGCUUGAACAGAGGACGAUGAAAACUGUAGUUGCACAAGAAGCUUCCUGUUGAUGCAUGAAGAAUGGCGGCGAUCUUGUUGAUCUUGAUGAUUUCCAUGAGACCUCGUUCUGUGUUGUGUAGAGUUUUUCUUGUCAGUGUUGUUUCGAUUGUGAACUGCAGAUAAUGCAGGAUCUAAUAAAUAAAGCGUUGGUUUCUGCUUGCCA